GCCCAGACCCCGCGCCCAGACCCGCGCCGCCACGGUGCCCGAGCAGGAAUAAACCAACACAAUGGAUUGGGGUACCCUCCACACGUUCAUCGGGGGUGUGAACAAACACUCCACCAGCAUUGGGAAAGUGUGGAUCACUGUCAUCUUCAUCUUUCGUGUCAUGAUCCUCGUGGUGGCCGCUCAGGAAGUGUGGGGUGAUGAGCAGGAAGACUUUGUCUGCAACACUUUGCAACCGGGAUGCAAAAAUGUGUGCUAUGACCACUUCUUCCCAGUGUCCCACAUCCGGCUGUGGGCCCUGCAGCUCAUCUUCGUCUCCACCCCUGCCCUGCUUGUGGCCAUGCACGUUGCCUACUAUCGGCAUGAGGCCGCCCGCAAAUUUAGACGAGGAGAGAAGAGAAAUGAAUUCAGAGACUUGGAAGACAUUAAAAAGCAGAAGGUUCGGAUCGAGGGAGCCCUGUGGUGGACGUACACCAGCAGCAUAUUUUUCCGAAUCAUCUUCGAAGCCUCCUUUAUGUACGUGUUUUACUUCCUGUACAAUGGGUACCACCUGCCCUGGGUGCUGAAAUGUGGGAUUGAUCCUUGCCCCAACCUUGUUGACUGCUUCAUCUCCAGACCUACGGAGAAAACCGUGUUCACCAUUUUUAUGAUCUCUGCCUCGGUGAUUUGCAUGCUGCUCAAUGUGGCCGAGUUGUGCUACCUGCUGCUGAAAGUGUGUUUCCGAUCAAAAAGAGCCCAGACACAAAGAAACCACCCCAAUCAUGCCCUAAAGGAGAGUAAGCAAAAUGAAAUGAAUGAGCUGAUUUCAGAUAGUGGUCCAAAUGCAACCACUGGCUUUCCAAGUUAGACAUUUUAAAGUGUGAUGUAGCCAGCUCCUAACAAAACUGGUGUCUUCUCCUAAGGACCCUCUCUCUAGACUAGAGACUUUCAUAAUACAUAGAUACUUGAGUUGAUGUUUCAUAGAAUAAUUGUGCCAUUAAUAUGCAACAUGAUCACAUAUGUGGUCCAUCUCUGAAAACUAAGUCAGGUUGACAACCUUGCCCGGAAGCUCUUUUUACACAUCUGUUUUAAGUGGACCAUCUGACACCAAGUAUUUCCUGAGAACUUAAG